GACACCCAGUGGAUGCAUGGCGACAGCUACGCCUGGCGACUGAUUCGGUUCAGCUUUAUGCAUCUCAUUGCCCAGCGCAUCACCGAACUCACCCGAAUGCUGAACCUUGACAGCGAACAAUCGAAACAACAUCAAGACCAGGGCUAG